AACUGAACUGGGCUUCAGCUCAGUUUGAUCCAGAGGAUGCGUUUGUUUUGAUGAGCUGCACAGAAGCUGAACUCUUACAUCGCGUCGCGUGUAUUCAUGCAUCCAUUGCUCUGCCCGCUCAGACUAAACCAAUCGACUGCCUACAUUGUUUAUCUUCGUUGAGUCUGAAGCGACAGAGAGGUGUUUCCUUUCCCGGAAAGAGUGUCCUGUAGAGAGCUCCAACAUCCUCAGCCCAGUGUCAGGCCUCUCUGAGUCUGUCUGUGAGUCUGACCUGCUUUCUACUGUCCAGCAAAGUCCAGGCCUGCAGUGAGCCAGAAUGAAGAGUCCACCAUGGCCCAAAGGAAAGAAACUGGUCCACCUGGAUUUGAAAGGCGCCCCCCCGAGAGUGGAAUACCUGCACAAACUGAUCGAGCUGUUCUCUCAGCUGGGAGUGGACGGCCUGCUGCUGGAGUACGAGGACAUGUUUCCUUAUGAGGGGGAGCUGAGGCUGCUGCAGGCCACAGCACAGCCUGCGUACAGCCGAGAGGAAGUGCUAUCUGUGCAGGAAUUAGCCAGGUCUAAGGGCAUGGAGGUGAUCCCACUGGUGCAGACGUUCGGUCACAUGGAGUUUGUGUUAAAGCAUCGGGCCAUGUCGGGCCUCAGAGAGAUGGCACACUGCGUGGGCACCCUGAAUCCACACAGAGAGGAGGGGGUGAGGCUGGUGAUGGAGAUGCUGAGGCAGGUGGUGGAGCUGCACCCAGGUCUGAACACACUGCACAUCGGAGCGGAUGAGGUGUACAUGCUGGGAGAGGGCGAGGAGUCAAAGCUAUGGUUGGCGGCACCUGGACGCACAGUGGAGCAGCUUUUCCUGAGUCACGUGACUAAGGUCGCCAGGGCCAUCAAGGAGGCGUGGCCUCACAUGACCAUCGUAAUGUGGGAUGACAUGAUGAGAAGCAUGAGCCCCGACACGCUGAAAGCGAGCGGUUUAGUGGGCCUCGUCCAGCCCAUGUUGUGGGACUACACCCCUAAUCUGACCGUGGACAAGACUGUGUCUCUGCUGGAGAAGUACCACAGCGCCGGCAUGUCAGAGCUGUGGGCGGCCAGCUCCUUCAAAGGCUCCACCAGUGUUUACACCUGUGUGCCCAGCACGCAGAGACACGUGGAGAACCAUCUGCAGUGGCUGAAGGUGGCUGCUUCGUUAUCUGCAGGGAUACACCUGAAGGGCAUCGCCAUCACAGGCUGGCAAAGGUAUGACCACCUGUCAGUGCUGUGUGAGCUGAUACCUGUGGCUCUCCCAUCACUCGCAGCCUGUCUGCAGACACUCCUCCACGGUCAGUUCAGUGCUGAGGUCCAAAGCAAAGUGGCCGAGAAGCUGGGUGUUUCCUCAGUGGAAGUGGAGGUCAUGGAGAGGAUAUCUGCAGCCGACCCGCGCUUCCCAGGAAGGAGGCUGGCUGAGGUAAUCGUGGAGCUCAACGCGGUGCUGAACACAGACGACAUCCGAUUUUUUGAAAACAACAUGUUUGUGAGAGGAUGGUUCAGCCCCUACCAGCGACAGAGGAGGACGGUCACUCCACUCAUCACCAUGCAGAUCCACAGCCAAGCAUCAGAAUACUUGACUAUACUGCAACAGAAGGUGGAGGCAGUGAGAGAGGAGAUGGUGCAGCUUUACCCAGAUUCAACAGUCCAAGAGUGGAUAGAGGAGCAUGUUAUCCCUGUCAUGGCUCCUCUACAGAGGAUAACAGAGGACAUCACAGCCUGUGUGAAGGAGAUGGUGCCAUAGAAUAAUCUGACAGCUCAGUAUCAAACUGCUGAUACUGGUCUCUUCAUUUUUUCUUAAACAUGGAAAUUAACUGAUUUAUGUUUGAACCUGUGCUUAGCCAAACUGCUGGUUGUAAACUGUACUAACAACAAUAAUAAUAAUAAU